AUGUUUACACCACGGCACGGACCAGUGCUCGAAGCAUCAGCUAAAGCAUACCAAUUCCCUUCGACUCCGUUAAAUGCCCUCCAAACAAGCAUAGCAUCUAACAAUAACAGUAUUAGUAACAAUAGGCUUAAUUUCUUGAACAUGCGUUCGAGUGAUUUCAGAAAUGUCGUUUGCAAAGGAUAUCACCAAGGGCAGCUCGGAGGGUCUCAGAGGAUACUCACAACACCAAAAUGGACUCAACAGCAACUACUUUCUUGUGGAGGGGAGCGGAGCAGCGGCGGAGGGCCUGCGGGUGACGACGCUUCGCGAGGAUUGCGUCGGUGUACUGUUGCUUGUCAACAGAGGAGCAGGUUCGCCGGAGCUCACGAACAGGGGUCGCCGGAAGUUCGGCCUGAGGUACAGGAUGGAGAUCGAGUGACGGAGAAGAAAGGAGCGUGCGGAUUGAGCGAGAGAGAGAAGGGACGAUGGUCGGGUUCGAGAGAAAACGAGAUGAGAGUUUGA